AUGCCACCGGCCACAGCUUCACAAAAGCAGUCAAUUGCCCAGUUUGUGGCUUUGACAGACUGCACUGAUUCAGUUGCCUCCAAGUUUUUGAGAGCUGCGCACUGGAAUAUAGACCGGGCGAUUGACAGGUACAAAUCCACCCAAGUUUACUGUCACCUCUCCCCUGCCUUGACUACAUUCCGUGCUAACAUGAACUUGGCAUUCAAAGAUGAGUCAAAUGAGGAAGCUGCUGUCAUCAGCAUCGAGGGAGCCAUCCGAUUCCUAGAAGACAUCAAUGUUCAACUAGAUGAAGUCACUUGCUUGGGAGUCAUGGAGCUUUGCAAAUGCCCAACCAUGGGCGAAUUCCCUCGAGAGAGCUUUGUGGCCGGCUGGAAGGAAACAAAAUGCGACACUCUCCCCAAAAUGGCCGAGUAUGCAAACCAGCUCCGGUCCCGGAUCCCAACGGACAAAGACCUCUUCCGACGCGUGUACUGCCACACGUUCCCCAUCUCCCGCAUGGCUGGUCAACGCAACCUCCCAUACGACCUUGCCGCCGAGCAGUGGCGGCUCCUCUUCACCGCAGACCGAGGCGGCGUCCCUUGGAGUACUGCCAGCACUCCGUGGCUCGAGUGGUGGCUGGAGUUCUUGGAGGAGCGUGGCAAAAAGGCCGUGAGCAAGGACUUGUGGCAGCAACUGGAGCUGUUUGUGCGCAAGACCAAGGAGGAUGAGUCGUUCGGUUGGUGGAGUGUCGAUGCCGCUUGGCCUGGUACCCUCGAUGAUUUUGUGGGCUGGGUGCAGGAGAAGCGAGCUCAGGGAAAUGCCAUGGAGCUUUAA